CUCGCACAUUUGAUUGUUUGCCUUCUGCUCACUGAUUGUUUCUUACUCUUGGAAGUUAAUUUAACUGUUACUGUUUUUCGGCUUAAAUUAGUUCCAAUCAAUGAUUAACUUUGAAAAUCUAUGAUUUACUUAAUGAUUUAAUGUUUCUUGCCUUUAAUCAGAACAAAUAAAUGUUGGUCCAAUUUGAAUUUGCCCUUAACGAUUUGGCUCAUCUUUUUCAUCUUUAGACUUUUGCUUUUGUGUUUCUUUUGUUCAAAUUAAUUGUUUUGUUUUGUCUCUCACUUUUUCUUUCUCUGUUGUUGUUUAUUUGUAUUUAUUCAAAUUCUCUCUGUGUGUCCAUUACUUUAUUGUUUUUCUCUUUAAUUCUUUUAACUAUCCAUCACAUUAUUGCUCAUUAUUCCUUCAACUUUCUUGUUCACCAUCUUGUUGACAUAUUUUUUCAUUGAUGAAUCAAAGUGACGAAGAUGAUAAAGUACGUGAAACAAAUGACCAGACAGAUUCUAGUGCCAAUUUGGAUCCACGGAUCGGUAUGAGAUUGGAAGAUCUUAACAAAUGGACGGGUAGAAUAAACGCCUUGGAAAAGAGUUUCGAAGAGGCCAAUUCCAAUUUUCGUUUAAUUUUAAGUGAAUCAACUGAUCGUCUCAAAUGUUUAGCCAUUAAACUGGGUAAAUCAGUUGAAGAGUCAAGGCCUUAUUAUGAAGCAAAGGAAAAACUGAUCGAGGUUCAAGGAAAAUGUCAACGAGCAGCGAUUAACUAUGAAAAAGCCUGUCAAGCCUAUCUUGAAGCUAAAGAACGGAUUAAUUUGGCAGAGAAAAAGUUUCUCACCUCUUCCAGUGAUGAAUUUGACACUACCUGGCAAGAGAUGUUAAACCAAGCCAAUAUUAAGCUAAUGGAAGCAGAGACAAUGAAAAAAGAAAGUGAAAGACUUCACCAAUUAUCAAUGAAAGAUUUUCAUUCGGCUGAAACGAUCCUAUUUAAUUUGAAGAAAAAGUUGAAAACACCAUUACAUCGAUCAAAAGUCUAUUUUGAUGAAAAGAAAAGAUUUCAGAAGAAAUUGGUCUCAUUGAAAGAAGAAAUCGAAUCAAUCAUAAGUCAAAUUAACCGCUCAAAGGCUUGUUAUGCUGCCACUCUCCGGGAAUUGGAGGCCAUUUCUGAGGAGAUUCAUGAGAAGCGUAAUUGCUCCCUAAUUAAACGUUUGAGGACACAACGAGAACCUGGUGUUGGAUCAGAUUGUGUACCUGAUGGAAUGAGUUCCAUUGAGAUGGUUAAUUCCCGAUUGUCACAAUUGGGUCUCUCAUUACCUGAGAAUGGAGGAUAUCCCUCCUCCAAAGAGGAGGAUGAAGAAGGAGAAACAGAUGAAGAGGAUGAUGAAGAACUGCCCAGUAGCUGUAAAAGUAGUUCAAGUCUUGCAUCUACUUCAACUGAUGCCAUGAUUAUCCAUCCAUCUAAUUCUUGCUCUGACAUUGAUACAAUAUGUUCAAUUAAUGAAGAAGACGAUCACUUGCAAAGUGAGAAAAGUGAUUCAGAUUCCAUUAAUCAUCAAGAUGAUUAUGAAAUAAGAAUACAUAAAAAUUGGAAACCGGAUAAUGUAAUGGAAACGGAUAAAACCAUCCACAAGGAUAUCAUUCAUGUUAAUGUUAAUGGGAACGAUGAUGAUGAAAGUCCGUUAACAACAAAGUUAAAAGAUCACUUUUUCUGUAAUCUAGAAACGAAUGGCUUAAGAAAUGAAUCAACGCCCGAUAUCCUAAAUCACAUUAAAUCAGCUGAUAAUAAUGCAUUUUUCACAAAUUUCAUGUAAACAACACUUAAUGACCAAAGGAUCUAAUUAACCUGUUCCUCAAACUAAUCAUGAUCACUACCACCAACGCAACAACAACAACAAAACAACAACAAUUAUCACUUCCUAGAUAUGAACAGGAAAAAAAGGGCAACAAAGAAAAAGAAACCAACCUUAAUUGUUAUGAGCUUCGUCUUCCCUAAUUAUGAUUUAAAUCAUUGUUGAUUACCAAUUUAGUGGCGCAUUUGUUUCAUCCAAUCAAUGAAAUCGUCCUUGUUUUUGGUCUGUGACUUUUUCUAUGAUCAUCAUUGUUGAUUAACUAAUUAGUUUCUGUUUCCAUCCAUGCAUUUUAAUGAUCAUCUCAAUCACACAAACACACACACACACACAUCCAACGACCUUACAAUUAACGUCUUUCAAGUGCCAACACAGUAAACAAAACAAUACAAUCAAGGAUCAUCUCUGUUUAUCAUCAUCAAGUUUAUCCAUCAUAAUUAAUCCUUUGCUACUGUUUUCCCCGUCCUUCAACCUGCUUUUGUCUAUCUACUUGUUAGACUCAUUCAUAUAUUCAUCUAUUUAUCUACAAUUUACCUUUAAUUAUCACCACGAUGAACCAAUUUAACUGAUAAUAUUUAGAAUAUUUUUUUUUCUCUCCAUUGUUAGUAACUGAGCCUUCCAAUACCCUGAUGAUUUACUAAUCACUGCUACUUACAUAUUCUCUGUUUCUGUCUAAUUAAUGAUGAAAGAAAUGAAAAAGUACAACAUCUAAAUUGUUACAAUUCAACUUUCCAACUAUUUAUCUUGACUAACCGAGUUAGUCGGUAAUAACUUUCAUUCUGUAUUGUACACAAAACUUUUUUUUAGUGACUGUUAUUUUUUAUAUUCAUACAAACAAGUCACAAACAAACCCAAAUGAUAUUUUGUCAACUGUAAAGUUUUCCCAAUCUUGUGUUUAUAAUCAGCAACUAAUUGUGUCUUCUCAUUCACUUAUUGUAAACACAUAAAAAAUUAAGACGAAAAGAAUGAAAAAAAAAUCGUAAUUGUAUUUUGAUGACAAUUUUAACUGAUCAUUCAAAUUGAUUGAAAAGUUUAUUGAAUCAAAUCUAUUUUAUCACAAAUUUGUAAAGAAACGAACAAAAAAAAUCUCAA